UCGUCUGCUCACUACUAUGCAGCAUUUGAACAGAACAGAAGCAGACAGAGGGACGUGGAAGUAACCGGGCCAGACACGACUUUACAGUGAAUCAACGAGGACUAAACCAAAGCGAGAGCUGGAGCUAAGAAAACAAAACACCUGGAUUUUCUUUCUUCUUUUUUUUUAACGCCACUCACUGGAGAUUUUUUUAUUGGAGGAAUAACAUUAGAUUUUGGCACUUCAUAUUUUAAGAUAUAAAACCCUCACCUGGCACAGAUCUCACUUAGGAUAAAUCAAAGAAGAAAAAAGGGAGACAGGUUUUGUGUUUUUUUUUUAAACAAUAGAAAAUGUGAUUUCUAGUUCUUUCUUCCCCUUCAUGAGGCAGUCGUGCCUCGGCGUCACGAACAGCUGGGUCGUGUCGGCGACGUGUGUGGAUUUACAGUUUUUUCUUUUCCCCUUCCUUUUUUAUGACACGUUUCUGCGGCCUCGUGUCAAAAUGAGCGUGGGUUUAAUUGAAUCAGCCACAUGAGUGGAAUCUAAACAAACCCACGCGUCCCUUUGCUGCUGCUUCUUCUUCUUCUUCCAUAUCCGCCGCAAAUCAACGGCGCCGCUCGCUGUGGGGGGAAAAAGAGAACGAGAAUAUGGAAAGCGAGGUUUUCACGCCUUUGCUGGAGCAGUUCAUGCUCACACCUCUGGUCUGCUGGGUGAAGACAGUGGGGCAGCCGGCGGUGACCGAUGGCUCCAAAUUAUCGGAAUAUGUCCAAUUGGUGGACGGGAUUUACCUGAACGAGAUUAUGCUCGAGAUAAAUCCUAAAGCCACGGUGCAGAGGACCAACAAGAAAGUGAACAAUGACCCCACACUGCGCAUCCAGAACCUUUCUAUUCUCAUCAGGCAGAUCAAGGCCUACUAUCAGGAGAGUCUUCAGCAGCUGGUCAUGAUGCCUUUACCAAACGUGCUGGUGCUGGGCCGGAACCCUCUCUCUGAACAAGGUCUGGACGAGAUGAAGAAGCUGUUGCUGCUGUUACUCGGCUGCGCAGUUCAGUGUGAGAAGAAGGAAGAGUACAUUGAGCGUAUCCAGACUCUGGACUUUCACAGCAAAGCUGCUAUUGCUUCCCACAUCCAAGAGGUGACUCACAACCAGGAGAAUGUGGUCGACCUGCAGUGGUUGGAAAGUGGAGAAAUCCCUGCUGAGGAUUUGGACAGUCUGUCCCGAAACCUGGCUUUCCACCUCAAACACCUGGUGGAUGAAAGGGACACACAGCUGGAGACUAUAGUGGAGUUGACCCAGGAGAGAGACUGUGUGCAAUUGUCUCCACUGGCUCCUUAUCCAACGCAGUCUCCGAACGACUCGCCCAGCAUGAGGAGGACCGAAAGUCGACAACAUCUCUCUGUGGAGUUGGCUGAUGCCAAGGCCAAGAUCAGACGCCUUCGACAGGAACUAGAGGAGAAGAGUGAGCAGCUCUUGGACACCAGGCAGGAGCUUGAGAACAUGGAGGUGGAGUUCAAGCGGCUUCAGCAAGAGAGCUACCAGCUGCUGUCGGACGCUCGCUCGGCUCGGGCCUACCGCGACGAGCUGGACUCCCUCAGAGAGAAAGCCAUCCGUGUGGACAAACUGGAGAGCGAGCUGAGCCGAUACAAGGAGAAACUUCACGACAUCGAGUUUUACAAGGCCAGAGUCGAGGAGCUGAAGGAGGACAACCAGGUCUUACUGGAGACUAAGAGCAUGUUGGAGGAACAGCUGGAUGCCAGCAGGACGCGCUCUGACAAACUGCAUCUCCUAGAGAAAGAGAAUUUGCAGCUUAAAUCCAAGAUCCAUGACCUGGAGAGGGAGAGGGACAUGGACCGUAAGAGAAUGGAGGAGCUGUUAGAGGAGAACCUUGUGCUCGGGAUGGCGCAGAAACAGAGCAUGGACGAGUCCCUGCACCUGGGCUGGGAGCUGGAGCAACUAUCUAAGACACCAGAGCUCGCUGAAAUCCCUCAGAAGUCUCUGGGCGAGGAGGUAAACGACUUGACCUCAAGUCGCCUGUUGAAGCUUGAGAAAGAAAACCAGACGCUGCUGAAGAGUGUGGAGGAGCUCAGAGGAGCAGCCAGCCAGGACACUGUGGCAAAACUGGCUAAAGUCAGCCAAGAAAACCAGAAACUCAACCAAACGCUGGAGCAGCUGCAGACUGAACUGACCACAGACAGGGAGUCGCUCCGCUGCGCCGAGUCUCUCAGCACUGACCUGAUGAAGGAGAAGGCUCUGCUGGAGAAAACUCUCGAAACACUCAGAGAGAAUUCUGAGCGACAGCUGAAGGGUCUGGAGCAGGAGAACAAGCACCUGAGUCAGACGGUGGCGUCUCUGCGUCAGCGCUGCCAGGUCGGCGCCGAGGCCCGAGUCAAGGACGUGGAGAAGGAGAACCGCAUUCUCCACGAGUCCAUCUGUGAGACCACCGCCAAACUCAAUAAGAUGGAGUUUGAAAGGAAACAACUACGGAAGGAACUGGAGGUGAUGAAGGAGAGAGGGGAGAGAGCAGAGGAGCUGGAGAUUCAGAUGGAGAAGCUGGAAAGGGACAAAGAGAGUCUGCAGAAGAAAGUCGCCAGCCUUGGAAUCACGUGUGAAAAGGUGUGUUCCUUGGAGAAGGAGAACACGGACCUGGAGGCAGAGGGCCGGCGUUUAAAGAAGAAGCUGGAUGCGCUGAAGAACAUGGCCUUCCAGCUGGAGGCUCUGGAAAAGGAGAAUUCCCAGCUGGAGGAGGAGAACCUGGAGCUCCGGCGCUCGGCUGAGAGCCUCCGGUCGGCCGGAGCCAAGGCUGCUCAGCUGGAGGCUGAGAACAUGGAGCUGGAGAGUGAGAAGAGCCAGCUGAAGCGCAGCCUGGAGCUGCUCAAAGCUUCAUCCAAGAAGACGGAGAGAUUGGAGGUGAGUUACCAGGGCCUAGAUACAGAGAACCAACGGCUGCAGAAGGCUUUAGAGAACAGCAGCAAGAAAAUUCAGCAGCUGGAGGUGGAGCUUCAAGAGGUGGAGACUGAGAAUCAAGCACUCCAACGCAACCUGGAGGAGCUGAAGAUCUCCAGCAAACGCCUGGAGCAGCUGGAGCAGGAGAACAAGACUCUGGAGCAGGAAAGCUCCCUGCUGGAGAAAGACAAGAAGCUCCUGGAGAAGGAAAACAAACGGCUGAGGCACCAGGCCGAGAUCCGUGACUCCACGCUGGAGGACAACAACCAGCGCAUCACCAGUUUGGAGAAAGAGAAUCGAACUAUGGGCAAGGAGAUGAUCUUCUUCAGGGACUCGUGCACGAGAGUCAAAGACCUGGAGCGAGAGAACAAGGAGCUGGUCAAACUGGCCUCCAUCGAUAAGAAGACCCUCAUCACUCUCAGAGAGGAGCUUGUGAGUGAGAAGCUGCGGACUCAGCAGAUGAAUAAUGAUCUGGACAAACUGACCCAUCAGUUGGAGAAGAUCGGACUGAACAAGGAAAGGCUGCUACAUGACGAGAACUCCGACGACAGGUUCAAGCUCCUGGAAACCAAACUAGAGUCGACACUGAAAUCAUCUUUGGAGAUCAAAGAGGAGAAGAUUGCUGCUCUAGAGGCCAGACUGCAGGAGUCCUCAAACCUCAACCAGCAACUUCGGCAAGAACUAAAGACGGUGAAGAAAAACUACGAAGCACUGCGUCAGAGGGAGGAGGAGGAGAGGAUGGUGCUGAGCUCGCCCCCUAGAGGAGGGGAGGACUCUCAGUGUGUCAGUAAAUGGGAGAAGGAGAGCCAUGAAGCCACCAGGGAGCUGCUGAAAGUCAAAGACAGGCUCAUUGAGGUGGAGAGGAAUAAUGCCACACUGCAGGCCGAGAAGGCCGCCCUGAGGAGCCAACUCAAACAACUGGAAACUCAAAGCUCCAAUCUGCAGGCUCAGAUUGUGGCUGUGCAGAGACAGACGGCGUCUUUACAGGAGAACAACACAACACUGCAGACACAGAACGCCAAGCUGCAGGUGGAGAACUCUACCCUGAGCUCGCAGAGUGCGGCCCUCAUGGCCCACAAUGCACAGCUGCAGACUCAGCAGAGCAGCGUGGAAGGCGAGCGCGACGGAGCGCUGAAGGAGAAGGAGGACGUGAGGGCCACCUACGAGCUGCUCCUCCGAGACCACGAGAAGCUUGCUGCGCUGCACGAGAUGCAGGCGGUGGAUUACGAAGCCCUGAUAGGAAAAAACAGGGGGCUGAAGAGUUCCCACAAGAGCCUGGAGCAGCAGCACAGGGACCUGGAGGACAAAUACAAGCAGUUGCUGCAGAGGAAGGGCGAGCUGGAGGAGCUGGAGAAAAACCUGAAGGAGCAGCAGGAGAGAAUAGCACAGGACAACCAGGAACACAGAGCCACAGCUGACCAAUACAAACUGCUCAAAGAGGAAAACGACAGACUGAACUCUACUUAUCGUCAGCUGGUGAAGGACAAUGAGAAUCUCCAGUCGGACCAUAAGAACACAAAGAGCCUGUUAAACAGCGCCAAGCUGGAGCAGACCAAGCUGGAGGCCGAGUUCUCCAAACUGAAGGAACAGUACCAGCAGCUAGACAUCACCUCCACCAAGCUCACCAACCAGUGUGAAUUGUUGAGUCAGCUGAAAGGAAACCUGGAGGAGGAGAAUCGUCACCUGUUGGAUCAGAUCCAGACUCUGAUGCUGCAGAAUCGCACGCUGCUGGAGCAGACCAUGGAGAGCAAGGACCUCUUCCACGUUGAGCAAAGACAAUACAUUGACAAACUGAAUGAGCUGAGGAGACAGAAGGAAAAACUUGAGGAGAAGAUCAUGGACCAGUACAAGUUCUACGACCCCUCACCUCCACGCAGGCGUGGGAACUGGAUCAAGCUGCAGGUGAAGAAGCUGAUCAAUCCGAAGAGCCGCGAAAGGAUGCGCUCCCUCACGCUGACGCCGUCCCGCUCCGAGUACAGCGACGCUUUCCUGAGCUUCCCUCCGGACAGCCAGGACAGCUCGUCUAUCGGCUCCGGCUCCAACUCUCUGGACGACACGCUCACACAGAGGAAGAGCAGCAGGAGGAGAGGGCAGCACUCCCAUGCCCCAGAGCAGGGUUCCACCAAUGCUAUAAAAAGGUUGCCUUUCAUGAGGAACAGAUCCAAGGACAAAGACAAGGCCAAAGCCAUCUACCGGCGCUCCAUGUCCAUGAAUGACCUGCUGCAGACCAUGGCAGUGGCUGCUGCUCCGGGCUCACAGUGGGCGGGCAGCACUGAGAAUCUAGACGGCGCUGAAGGCGGAGACGCUGGAAUGACUGGCAGCGGCAGGCGUGGCGGUCGGCGCAUGAAGGAGCUCGCCUUCUCCACCAACGCCAUCGACUGUGCUGCUCUCACGCUGCCCUCUGCUGGGCACAGCAGGGCAAAGCACCGGCUACACGUUAAAGAUAACGUCUCCUGUGAGGAUGUUGCCGGCUCCUCUGAGGAACCCAAGUGUCAAGCCACCAGACCCUCCAGUCUCCAUAGCAACAGGACCACCAGUAGUAAUAGUAACAAUAACUCCCACCUCACCUCUCCUCUGGAGGGCAAAGGCACGUUGAACGGCAGCCUCAGCAGACCUCACAGUGAGAGCAGCGGAGAGUUCAGCCUGAGUUUGGACCAGGAGGUGUGGUCCAGCAGCGGCAGCAGUCCAGUCCAGCAGCCCACCUCCUCACGCUCCUCUCACCAGAGCCCGCUGCAGCUGCGCAGGUCGCACGACCCUUCGGCCUCCGUGAGCAGCCCCGGCCAGAGCCAGGUCAGGAAGACGGCGUCUCCGGGCAAUGAGGUGCUUUCUCUGCAACAGUUCCUGGAUGAGGGUAUUGAUCCUGCUGAGUCUGGCAGUCAGGAGAACCUCACUGUCGACUCUCCUCGCCUCCCCACUUCUUCUGAGCACGUGCAGAAGGAACGCACAAAGAGCCGAGGUAUACUGCGCUCAUCCAGCGGGAGAGCGGCGCCGCUCACCUCCGACCGUCCACCGAGAUCCUCGGGACAGCCGGGGCGCCCGACCCUGCGGAAGGCGGAGAGCACCCGCGUUAGAGGCUCUGUCCCGAUCCGCUCCAGCCUGUCCUCGCAGGGCAAAGCCACGUCCGUCUCCGAGCGCCUGGACUCGGCGUCCUCCACGCUGCCUCGGGCCAGCAGCGUCAUCUCCACGGCCGAAGGCACCACGCGGCGAACCAGCAUCCACGACCUGCUUUCCAAGGACAUCCGGCAGCCGGUGUCGGUCGACGCUUCUCCCCCCGUCGCUUCCACCAAGGCUGCUGUACGCUCCCAGCCUACACCCAAUGUGGAGGGCAGAAAGUCUAAAAGCCGGAGCGGGGAGCCGCAGCAAAGCUGCUAAACCCUUUCCCCUCUCUGGUACCAUGCUGUGAGCGCGUGAGAGACAGGUGGCCUUGGAGCUGUGUGUCUGAACUCUAGUAGAAUUGUUUCUGCUGAGACUCUGCAGUGAGAAAAGAUUGUAGACCCUAGUUUCAUUCUUUCUUAUUUUAAUUUUUUUUUAAACCCUGGACACACCAGUAAAGAAAAGUGUCUUCUUGCUCUGUUUUGUUUUUCUUCCUUGAAUCAAGGAAACAGAAAAAUAUUAGAAAGUGUUGCAUUGACCUUGUUUUUUCUAUAAAGACUGCUGUGGCAGAUUGCACUGCCAUGUGUCCUUCAUUGUGUUGGACUCCUGAUGAUGCACUAAGUCUCUGUGGAGUAAGAUUGAAGUGCCAAUGUUCACUCAACAGCCAAAAGGGCAAUCUCAAAGCAGACUGACGACUCCAUGUUGGACCUUUUUGUGGAUCUUCAACGUCUGCCAGACCUCCCUCUGCCUGACGCCAUGAACUUAAACAGGCAGCGCAAGUAGAAUCAUCGUUUAGUCGUUCUCCUACAAACCAUUUUCAAAGCAUGACCGCACAAACAUUUCACUCUCAACUUUACUGCUACACUAUCAGACUGAAGAAACUAUUUGCAUGGAGCAAUCAUUCAGCCAAUCACCCCUUCUUCCUUUGUCCAAUCAAAUCACAGGAAUGUGUUCAGUGGGGAUUUUGCUCACCAGGAUGCCAAAAGGACUCGGGACUGGAAGCCAUUACAGUGGUUUGAUUGGCCGUCUGUCGCCUGCCAAUCAAAAGAGUGGAGGUGUGAUCUGUGAUGAAGAUUUUUUUGUAUGAGAGUUGGUGUCAGUAAACAAUUUCCGUAGCUUGAAUUAUAUAUCAUCAUGCAGAAGAUUAUUGAUCACAGGAAUCGCAGGAAACUAUCUCAUCUGUCGCUUCUUGUCUUGGUCUGAAAUUAAAAAUAAAAGCACAGUCGCAUCACACCAUCACAGAAGAGGCUCAGUAAGGUACUGUUGUGGUUUUUUUAAAUCUGACUGGAGUGGAUGUGACCUGGGACUCGGUCACCCCAGUGCAUAUAGGACAUGACACUGCUGAUGAUGAUGAUGAGGAUGUGACCCAGUGUUUUCCCUCCUUUUCAACUUUUACAUGAACCCAUUUGAUGUCAUUAAAAGAAAAACUCAAGACGA